AUGGAUCCAGCAUCUUCCACUGAAAACGUUUAUAAACCCUGUCUAUCUAGUCUUCAGGUCCUAUUAUGGCAAAAGUGGGCAAGCGACUCAGUGGUACAUGAACUUGUUAGCAAAACUCGUACCGAUGUGUACACAAGAGGCUUAUCCGUGGCAGGUAUAAUGAACGUAUCAGACGUGCUGGUGCGAUGUACUCUUAUUCUAUAUAUUCUACCAUGGAUCCCAAUCGUAAUUACAAUAAAUGUGCUGAAAAACAAAAUGUAUGCGUUAGUGCGUAGUCGCGAAAAUGUGUUCAGUGCAGAGACGCUGCGUUUGCAUGGAAAUCUCAUAAAGGCUCUUACGACUCAAUCUUUGACUCCUCUCUUGCACUUGAUCACUUACAUCUGCUAUGUUGUUGAGCAACAUAUUUUCCCCAACAUCGCCACAGAACUUCUCAUGUUCAUGCCUAUAGGCAUUCUCUCCAUCGUCACUCCCAUCAUCAACAUAUACUACAUUCGACCAUAUCGUGAACAGUUUAUACAGUGCUUGGGUUUUCGCGCUAAGGUGAUCGAACAAAGAAGUUCCAAAGCAAGCUUGGGGAAUAGAUGA